CCUGACAUCGUUUUAACCCAUAAAGGCGUCCCAGUUGGUUGCGGUGAGAUUAAGCCGUUUUCAGCGUCAAGAGCCUCCAUCGAUGAUGAUCGUGCUAGGAUAGCAGAGUUCAUGAAACGAGCCCUUCAUGAGCGUAUCAUUCAAGCACAGAGUGAGGAUGAAUUCGCCGUCAUCGGAUUCUUUGUUGUUGGUAGAGAA